AUGCUGGCAGAGUAAUAGAAAGUGCUAGUAGACGACGAUAGCUUCAUGGACUGGGAAACCAGACAUGAAUCAAUACCUUUCCACAGACAUAUAAUAGCUGGUUCUUGCGCUGGAAUCAUGGAACAUGUUGGAAUGUUUCCUCUCGACACUAUAAAGACUCAUUUAUAAGCAAGCAAUAGAAAUCUAACAUUCAUGCGAACAGCAAAGAUAUUAUAUAAGGAGGAAGGAUUCUUAAGAUUUUGGAAGGGAGCUUAGGUAAUUGCCAGUGGAUGCAUUCCGGCACAUGCAUCUUAUUUCACAUGCUACGAGCUUCUUAAGCAGUACUUUAAUUUUAAAAACGAGCAGUAUGAGUUUGUGCAAACUGCAAUUAUUGGUGCAUUAACCACUUUUGCACAUGAUUUCUUCAUAACCCCUAGUGACAUGAUUAAGCAAAGACUCUAGUUAUGCUCGCAUUUGACAGCAGUUUAGUGUGUAAAGAACAUUGUUAAGGAGGAGGGAUUUAGUGCAUUCUAUAGAUCUUACCCAGUGACAGUAACAAUGAAUAUUCCAUUUGCCACAACUGUGGUUUGUGUUAACGAAAAUCUAAAGACAUUUGUGAAGCCAUGGAAUACAACUAACCCCUAUUUCUGGUAUUUUGUGUGCGCAGGUAGUGCAGGAGGACUAGCAGGACUGGUAACAAAUCCUCUUGAUGUUGUAAAGACUAGACUUUAGACUUAGGAAAUUAAGCCAUCCUGUUAAAAGCUGAGGGAUAUGUGGGAUUCAUAGGUUGAAUAGCAUAAAUACAGUAAUGCAACGAAAUUAGAUGAAAUAAACAGAAAUAAAGCAGAUAAAAUUACUUAGGAAUGUGGUUUUGAGUUGAAGAAAGUACGAUAUAGGGACUUUCUAUAGACAAUUAAAUUGAUUUAUAAAACAGAGGGGAUUAGUGCAUUUACCAAAGGAGUAGGACCGAGGAUGUGCAUUAAUGUGCCAUCUACAGCUCUCUCUUGGGGAACUUAUGAAUUAAUAAAGAGUUUUAUAGCUAGACACGAAUGA